CGUUGAUUAAUUGGAUCUAUCAUUUAACAUUAUCUUAUUAUAAACCCUAUUGUUUGUAACAAAACUAAGUUAUGCACGCAAUUAAUAAUAAUGAUGAAUACAAUGAUAGCGCCGGCAAUGGGAGCACAGAAAUGCGAGAACUAAAUCACAGCGAAAAUCAUUCAGAAUAUACCGCUAAUAACCAAAACCAAAGCCAAAGACCUCUUCAGCAGAUCUAUCACAACAAAGCAGAUGAGGACUCCUCUACUGUCAAACAGGUGACUAUAAUUAAGGUAAUCAAAAUGUUAGUGGCAGUAGUGGUGCUGUUCAUAAUUUGUUGGUCACCUCUUCUUAUCAUUAACGUAUUGACAGCUUUUGGUAUUAUAGAGCCAUUAAACUAUGGAUACUUAAAGCCCUUAAGAACAGCGGCACAUCUAUUAUCGUAUGUGAAUUCGUGCAUAAAUCCAGUGGUCUAUGGGUUUAUGUCAAAGAAUUUCAGGGCGUCUUUUAAGGCGGCGCUCAGCAAAUGUCUUCAUUGCAAAGGUAAUGGAGGCUACGGUCAGAGCACUACUAAUCGCAGCUAUACCUCCACGUAUCGCAUCAAUAGCACGACCGCCACUCGAGCCACCAGUAUUUGGACUCAGCAACAGAUGAACCACAAUAUGUAACAGUUUUUAACAUGUAUUCAAUACACUCUCUGAGAGUCACAAAUUUUGUCACAACAAACACCACAAAACAACUCAAUCAUACAAUUUUCUCGAGUCAUUCAACAGUAUAUGACAGCAUUAAUACAGGAUGAGAGGGAGAGAGAGAUGAGCGGAAUAGACUCUCCAUCUCAUAAUACAUAUGCACUCACAAUAUAUUACUUAAUGUCCAAAAGUAUACUCAAAAGAAAGAUAUUUCUUUCUCAAAAAAAAACUAAAUCUCUCAAAACUCGUACAACCAUUUGAUCCCAUUUGGGACUCACGGAUAAUAAGUUUUUUCACACAAUAUAAAAAACUUUUUUCUCAUUUGAUUGAAAGCCAAAUGUAAUAAAACUCAAUCAAACAAACGAAACACAAAAUAGUGAAUACAAACUCGUUUUUAUAUCUCAUUUUAUUUAAUUGUAUUAAUAAUAUAAGGAAUUUUGCCAUCAAUUCUGUUAUGUGCUAAAGAAUAUUCACGUUUAUGUCAACAAUUCUUGAAUGCUUUUAACUCAAUGCCUGUCCCCUCCAUAUGUCUCGCAUUUUUAGCCCACAAUCGCAUCCCAAUACAUAAAAACAACAUUUUCACAGAAUAUUCCUGUUAUAUAAAUUACAUACAAAAAACAUUGUAAUUGUUUUGUCAAAAGUCUUGUGUUGAAUAAGUUUUGUGUUGUUUUACUAACAAUCAAAAUACUCUCUCAUCUCAUCGAAAGACUACUAUUAUUGCUAUUUAUUAUUAAAAAGGAUGGGAAAAGUAGUACUCAAACAAAACACACACAAACCAUUGCAUAACCAUUUGUAACAAUGAUUUAAUUGCUUUUUAUUUCGGUUGAGCUUAAUAUCAAAUAAGAGGUCGUCGUAUGAUAUGAUAUAAUACACAACC